AGUUGAGCAUGUCUCAGUUGAAUGAAAAGGAAACUCCUUUUGAGCUCAUUGAAGCUCUACUUAAAUAUAUUGAAACUCUUAAUGUUCCUGGAGCUGUGUUGGUUUUUUUGCCUGGCUGGAAUUUGAUUUAUACUAUGCAGAAGCAUUUGGAAAAUAAUCCACAUUUUGGAAGUCACCGGUAUCAGAUUCUACCUCUGCAUUCUCAGAUUCCACGGGAGGAACAACGAAAAGUGUUUGAUCCAGUACCAGAUGGAGUAACAAAGAACUUGAUGCAUUAGAUGCCAAUGAUGAGUUGACCCCUCUAGGACGAAUCCUGGCUAAACUCCCCAUUGAGCCUCGUUUUGGAAAAAUGAUGAUAAUGGGAUGUAUUUUCUACGUGGGAGAUGCUGUCUGUACCAUCUCUGCUGCUACCUGCUUUCCAGAGCCCUUCAUCAGUGAAGGAAAGCGGCUGGGCUAUAUCCAUCGGAAUUUCGCUGGAAACAGAUUUUCUGAUCAUGUCGCUCUUUUAUCGGUAUUCCAAGCUUGGGAUGAUGCCAGGAUGAGUGGAGAAGAAGCAGAGAUACGUUUUUGUGAGCAGAAACGACUCAAUAUGGCUACACUAAGAAUGACUUGGGAGGCCAAAGUUCAGCUUAAAGAGAUUCUGAUUAACUCUGGCUUUCCAGAAGAUUGUUUGUUGACACAAGUGUUUACUAACACCGGACCAGAUAAUAAUUUAGAUGUUGUUAUCUCUCUACUGGCCUUUGGUGUAUACCCCAACGUAUGCUAUCAUAAGGAAAAGCGAAAGAUUCUCACCACUGAGGGUCGUAAUGCACUUAUCCACAAAUCAUCCGUGAAUUGUCCUUUUAGCAGCCAAGACAUGAAGUACCCAUCUCCUUUCUUUGUUUUUGGUGAAAAGAUCCGUACCCGAGCCAUCUCUGCUAAAGGCAUGACCUUGGUCACCCCGUUACAGUUGCUUCUCUUUGCCUCCAAGAAAGUACAAUCUGAUGGACAGAUCGUGUUUGUAGAUGACUGGAUCAGACUACAAAUAUCCCAUGAAGCUGCUGCAUGCAUCACAGCUCUCAGGGCAGCCAUGGAAGCUCUGGUUGUUGAAGUGUCUAAACAACCAAAUAUCAUCAGCCAACUGGACCCUGUAAAUGAACAUAUGCUAAACACGAUCCGCCAAAUCUCUAGGCCCUCAGCUGCUGGUAUAAACCUUAUGAUUGGAAGUGUCCGGUAUGGCGAUGGUCCACGCCCUCCCAAGAUGGCCCGUUAUGAUAAUGGAAGUGGAUUUAGAAGGGGAGGAUAUGGUGGUGGGGGAUAUGGUAGCGGAGGAUAUGGUGGUGCCUAUGGUGGGGGAGGCUUUGGAGGCGGCUUUGGAAGUGGUGGGGGAGGCUUCGGAGGCGGCUUUGGCAGUGGUGGGGGUGGCUUUGGCAGUGGUGGGGGUGGUUUUGGUAGUGGAGGUGGUGGCUUUGGCAGUGGAGGAGGCGGCUUUGGUGGUGGCAGAGGUGGAGGCUUUGGAGGAGGUGGAGGCUUUGGAAGUGGUGGGGGCGGUUAUGGCGUUGGUGGAGGAGGCUAUGGAGGUGGAGGUGGUGGUUAUGGAGGUGGCAGUGGAGGAUAUGGAGGUGGUGGAGGCGGCUAUGGUGGUGGUGAAGGUUACAGCAUUAGCCCCAACUCUUACCGUGGAAAUUAUGGCGGAGGUGGUGGUGGAGGCUACAGAGGAGGUUCCCAAGGGGGCUAUAGAGGCAACUUUGGUGGAGAUUACAGAGGAUCUAGUGGAGACUACCGGGGAUCUGGAGGAGGCUUUAGAGGAUCUGGAGGAUUCCAGCGAGGGGGUGGCAGGGGUAACUAUGGGGGUGGUUAUUUUGGACAAGGAAGAGGAGGCGGUGGUGGCUAUUAGACUCUUGUUAUGUCAGUGCCUAUGCAUAGACAGUUAAAAAUAACAUUUAAGAAGCAUGCUAUGUGUUUUUUCCAAGACGUUUAUUUGCACCAAAAAAAAAAAACCCCAAUUUCCACCUAAUCUGUAGUUCAUUGUAGUUUCAAGCAACAAAGAAUAUAGAUUAGUGAUUUUGUUUAUAUUAUGUAAUGUAAAAUAUGACCUAUUAUACAAGUAUCACACCAUACAGUUUGUAUUUUUUCUUUAAUGAGUAAAGGUUUGCCUUUUAAAUUAA